GCAACACCAAUCAACACGCGAUUUUCAACUUCAAGUUGAGCCUAGAGCAGUUUAACAUUUUAUUUUACGAUAAUACUCAAGUAAAUUUGUGUAAAAAUGUUUGGUGGUCAACCUAUUUUAGUCCUGAGCCAAAACACAAAACGUGAGUCCGGCAGAAAAGUUCAACUCGAGAAUAUCAAUGCUGGAAAGACAAUAGCAGACGUUAUCAGAACAUGCCUCGGACCUCAGGCUAUGUUAAAAAUGCUCAUGGAUCCUAUGGGCGGGAUCGUGAUGACUAAUGACGGCAAUGCCAUCCUCCGGGAGAUCACAGUGCAGCACCCAGCCGCCAAAACUAUGAUCGAAAUCGCCAGAACUCAAGAUGAAGAGGUUGGAGAUGGCACCACAUCCGUCAUAGUCCUGGCUGGAGAGAUGCUAGUGGUGGCCGAGCCGUUCCUCGCUCAGAACAUUCACCCGACAGUCAUCAUCCGCGAGUACCGCCAGGCGCUCGAGGAUGCCAUCAAGCUGCUCGAGGACAAGAUCUCCAUUCCCAUUGACAUGAACGAUCGGGAGAAGCUGAAGGAAGUUAUCCGUUCCUGCAUCGGCACAAAGUACAUUGGUCGCUGGGCAGAUCUUGCCGUGGACAUUGCGCUGGACGCAGUCAGCACUGUCACCAUCAACGAGAACGGAAGAGUCGAGGUGGAUAUCAAGAACUACGCUAAAGUUGAAAAAAUCCCCGGCGGCACCAUCGAGGAGUCGAAGGUCCUCAACGGGGUGAUGAUCAACAAGGACGUGACGCACGCCAAGAUGCGGCGCUACAUUGAGAACCCGCGCAUCAUACUGUUGGACUGCAACCUCGAGUACAAGAAGGGGGAGAGCCAGACUAACAUCGAGAUUGAGGGGGAACAGGACUUCACCAAGCUCCUGCAGCUAGAGGAAGAGCAUGUCCAGCGCCAGUGCGAGGACAUCAUCGCGCUGAAGCCCGACAUCGUGUUCACUGAGAAGGGAGUCUCUGAUCUGGCACAACACUACCUGGUUAAGGCGGGGAUCACCGCUAUUAGGAGACUCCGCAAGACCGACAACAACCGUCUAGCCCGCGCGUGCGGCGCCACCAUCGUGAACCGCACGGAGGAGCUGAAGGAGUCCGACGUGGGCACCGGCGCUGGCAAGUUCGAGAUUAAGAAGAUUGGCGACGAAUAUUUUACAUUUGUUACUGAGUGCAAGAACCCUAAGGCGUGUACGAUCCUGCUACGUGGUGCGUCCAAGGACGUGCUCAACGAGAUCGAGAGGAACCUGCAGGACGCGCUGCACGUCGCCAAGAACUUGGUGCUGAACCCGCGUUUGGUGGCGGGCGGCGGCGCCGUGGAGAUGGCGGUGUCGCAGGCGCUGGCCGGCAACGCCGCGCACACCACGCCCUACCGCGCCGUGGCGCAGGCUCUGGAGAUCAUCCCGCGCACCCUAGCCCAGAACUGCGGCGCCAACACGAUCCGCACGCUGACGGCCCUGCGCGCGCGCCACGCCGCCGGCAACUCCACGUAUGGUAUCGACGGAGAGACGGGCGCUAUUGUGGACAUGGCAGAGAAGCGUAUCUGGGAACCCCUUGCUGUCAAACUGCAGGUGUACAAAACGGCGGUCGAGACGGCGAUCCUCCUCCUCAGAAUAGACGACAUCGUCUCCGGCUCCAAGAAGCGGGAGGGGCAGGAGGGCCCCACGCCCGGAGCGAUGGCCGGCAUGGAGUAGGGCCUGUCUGCGUCUAUAAUUGUUCAUUAAUCACUCGUAUUACCUUACCACUGGAAGCUUUUUGAAUUGGCUGAC